AAUACAAGUUUUACGAACUCAAUCACUAUAAAUUUGAGUACUCAAGGAAGAAGAAUUAUAUCAGCAUCCUCACUUCCUUUUAAAAAUAUGGAUACUUCACUUUCUAAUUUCUUUCUCUCGGCAGUGUUCAUGCUCAUGUUUUCGGUCAUGAACUCGGUAGGUUUUACUCUAACAGUAGAACCAAUCUGUGGACCAACUCAUCCUCCGGAUGCGGUUGCAAUUUACCCCGACGACGUCCAUUUGCUGCGGUUUUCUUUGAAUCUCGAAUACCUACUAGCUGAGUUUUACUUGUAUGGCGCACUGGGUUGUGGUCUUGAUAAAGUCGCUCCGGAAUUAGUAAUGGGCGGACCACCGCCGAUUGGAGCACAGGAAGCUAAUCUUGAUAAACUUGUUAGCCGUAUUAUCGAGGAGUUUGGAUAUCAACAAGUUGGCCAUAUAAGGGCUAUUAAAACGACAGUUGGUGGAUUCCCAAGGCCGUUGGUGGAUCUCAGUGCUAGUAUUUUUGCUAAGAUAAUGAAUAAUGCAUUUGGAUAUCCUCUGGAUCCUCCAUUUGAUCCAUAUGCGAACAGCCUGAAUUUCAUGUUGGCUGCAUACGUGAUUCCUUACUAUGGAAUUAACACUUACGUUGGUGCGAAUCCAUUCAUCAAGGGAUGGAAAACCAAAAGGUUGUUAGCAGGUUUAUUAGGAGUAGCAGCCGGGCAGGACGCUGUCAUAAGGAAGUAUCUGUACGAGAGGGCAGAUUAUAAAGUGUACCCAUAUGAUCACACUGUCGCCAAAUUUACAGAGCGUAUCUCAGCGCUGAGCAAUGCAUUAGGGAUGUGCGGCAUUAAAGAUGAAGGUAUCCGUGUGCCUCCAUACUUGGGAGCAGAGAACCGAACAACCAGCAACGUGUUGUCGGCUGACUAUAACUCCCUAUCUUACGCUCGAACACCGCGUGAAGUUUUAAGGAUUGUAUAUGCAACUGGGAGCGAACAUGUUCCCGGUGGAUUUUUCCCAAAAGGAGAAAAUGGAAAGAUUGCCAGAGAACUUCUAUACCAUUACCAAUCUUAACAGAUGAACCGAUCAAAAGACAAACAAACACAGACACAAACAAACAAAUCAUAACAGAUGUAUUCCUCGAUGAACUUCGUAUCUAUCUGCUUAUACCGAAUAAAAUGGGAAGCAAUUGAGCUGAGAACAGGAAAUAUUUCUCAUGUAGCAGCUAUAUGCAAACCCUUUGCUGUUUUCAGUCAUCCAUAUAUAUAGUGUAUUUCUGUUAA